GUUGAAGUGUAAGCCUACACAGUGAUUCAUCCGUGUCUUUACUUAACGUGUCCUCAGUGUGUUCAGCACGCAAUAGAUAGCGACAGCCGACUUUCUGUGUAUCGAUUCCCCGUGUAGAGUAUGUGUGUGGCGAUGUCAUUACAUAGUGAAUUGUAGCGAGCUUUACUAGUGUGUACUUAGCAGUCAGGAUUUCAUUAACAGGGAUUUAUUCGUUCACGUUAAUCUUCUAAAUGUGUUGUGAUAGAACACAUUGACAGCACUGAUACUUUAAAUUAAGAAUGAACAGACAGAAAGAUUCUGGUGCCUCUAAGAUUGAAGCACUGCGGGUGUGGUGUAAGAAGAUGACAGAGGGAUACGAACACGUCAACAUCGUCAACUUCACGACAUCAUGGAGGAACGGCAUGGCGUUCUGUGCUCUCAUUCAUAGGGUCAACCCCAACUUGAUAGACUACGACUCGCUGGAUCCUGAUGAUGUACUUGGAACCUGCCAACUGGCCUUCGAGGUAGCAGAGCGAGAGCUAAAGAUUCCAGCGUUCCUGGAGGCCGAGGACAUGGAGAGGCUGAAAGUGCCAGACAAGCUGAGUGUCAUCACCUACCUGUUUCAGUACUACGCCAAGAUUCACAAACUGCCGCUACAGGGCGGUCCAGGGGUCAAGGGCACAAAGUCACGUCCAGCUGCUGGAGUUAAGCGACCAUUAGAACAGAACUCAGCACUGGCACCAGCUGUCAAGAAAACAUCAACAGAGGUCAAGGAAAAUGUUCCAGCUGAAAAGACUACAAGACACUUGCCUGACGCCCAGAACGAGAACUGCUGUGUGUGUCACACUAAAGUCUACCUGCUAGAGCGCCAUCUGGAGGGUGGGAGACUGUACCACAGAUCGUGCAGACGUAGCCAGAAACUGUCUCCCGUCGUCGGACGUACCCAGAAAGUCUCGCCAAGCACCGGAAGUGACAAGAAAUUACCGGAAGUCGCCAAACGCGAGCCGGAAAAUAAUUCUUUGUUUCGUUUACAAGAUAAAACAAAAUCUGAUUCCCCUUUUGCUACAACAAAUGUCCAAAGCACUUUUCUACAGAACAAAUCCAAAUUAGCACAGCCAAGCACCUUUACACAGAACAAAUCCAACUUAGCACAGCCAAGCCCAGUUUUGCUGAGCACAUCUAAUUCUAUACAACCUUUGUUCUCUAAUGUAAAUAAACCCAACUCGGCAUACACGUCACCAAAAGACACUCCAGUACAACACACGUUUAGAACACCAGUUCAAGAAGCGAAAGGACUAACCAGCAAAAGUUCUUCGAACGAUCCACUUUCGUUUGAAAAUAAAUCGCUUGGUCCUCACGCAGUAGGGUCAUCACUUACCGCCAGCACAUUUCCAAAAAAAGUGCCAGCAGACGAACAAAGCAACCAGAAGUCGGCAGCAGCUUCAAGAAUCGCCGCUCUGCUAAACUCUAAAUCAGACUUUAAAUCAGCCACUGGUGUAGGCGUGGUAGGCACAGCAUCGCCAGUUUUUAAACCUAAAGCAGCGACAGCAGCAGUUCCAAGCCCGACAGCUAGUACCCUGUGGGGUGUGAAACCUACAGGUUCUCAAUCAGCGGUGUCAAAACCUGAUAUUUUCACAUCGGUAGUUUUGAAACCUACAGGUUCAACAUCAGAAGGCUUUAAACCUACCAAUGUUACAUCAGUAGAUUUAAAACCUACAGGGUUUAGUCCAGGGGGCUUAAAACAUGUCAAUGUUACAUCAGUGGGCUUAAAACCUAUAGGUUCUCCAUCAGGAGGCUUAAAACCUGCACCUGUUCCAUCAACUGUAAAAACUCCUGCCAACAAGGAAAGCUCCAAUAUAAACGAUUUGAAAAACAAAUACCUACAAAACGCUCAAUCAACAUGGAACCCACCUGCAGCUUCUGGUUUACCAUCCACCCCUACACCACCACACGCAACAGCCAACAAACCAGAAACCAAAUUCACAAUAACAAAAUCUAGCGCCGAUGCCAGGUCUAAAUUCUUCCAACCUACAGCGCCAGUGAACACAAAACUACCAACUGCUUCUAAGUUCCCACAGCAGUCGUCGCAACAUUCUGAAGCUUUGUUGACACUGAAUUCACUCCGACACGUAACACCAGUCAAGCAUGAAGACAGAACAUCAGACAACCAGUCACCUGAUUCUCCUUACAACUUAGCGACAAUCAUGUUUGACAGGGAACAGCCACUGACCAGUACAGACCUAAAGAAGAAACUUGACGACAAUGGCAAGAAGUUUCAGACGUUAGAGCAAAGGGGAAGAACCCUAGAAAACGAAAUCCGAAAAGAUAAUAUCCAGAGUGAUACAUUAAUCAAAAAGUGGUUCAAUUUAGUCAGUGAAAAAAAUGAAUUGGUUAGAGAGGAAGAAUAUCUGCUUGACUCCUUAAGUUUGUUGGAACUUGAAAGUAAACAAGAAAGUGUUGAAUCACAGUUGCAGGCCAUAGAUAAUGUUAAAGUGAAAUCAAGAUCUCAGAAGAAAAGUUUUAAAAAACUAACAAAAGAAAAGAUUGCUUUGGUCCAGCAGAGAAAUGACAUCGUCAACAGGAUGGAAGAGAAUCGAUUGAGGUAUCAGGAAGAAGACGAGGCAAUAGCUGCAAAGUUAAAACUUGGUUUAAAAUAGAUCACGCCAAACGUGUUUGAUUUUAUCCUGAUGACACUACCCUGGAUACAACUAACGUGAUGAUCCUGAUUAUACGACCCUGAAUACAACUAACGUGAUGAUCCUGACUUUACGACCCUGAAUACAGCUAACGUGAUGAUCCUGAUUAUACGACCCUGGAUACAACUAACGUUAUAAUCCUGAUGAUACUACCAUAGAUACAACUAACUAACAACUAUACGACCCUGGAUACAACUAACGUGAUGAUCCUGAUGAAACUACCAUGGAUACAACUAACGUGAUAAUCUUGAUGAUACUACCAUAUAUACAAUUAACGUUUUGAUGUCCAAAGAAGAUACAAAGUAGUUUUAAAACUUACAUGUCACUACAAAAAUAUAUUACAUAAAAAUUACGAGAUUUACUUUAUCUUUACAAAGACUUAUAAACAAACAGAUAAUAUACUUUAUUUAAAACAAUAUUGUUGAAUGUAAUACUAUUUAUUAAAUUUAAUAUGUAUAUUUGUUAAUGUAAAAAUAAUAUAUUCAAAUAAAUACUAAAACCCCCAUAUAGAUAAUAAAUAAACGAAAAUUUUGUGAUUAAAAACUUCAUUAUUGACAACAGUGUUUUCAUUUCUGCUUGAAAGUUUUAUGUUUCACUAAAGACGUGUAAGAUCGACAUCUGUGCAAUUUAUAACGUUGGUUAAUUGGUUAAACAUUGAAGCACUAUUAGAAAUGCAUUCACUAGAUAGCAUUCCUGUGUUUAUUUUUGCAUAAUUUACAAUACACAAUAGUAAAUAAGAAAUAUUUGAAGUCGAAUAUUGCG